CGGUAACCGCCCACUCUGCCCGCCAAGCAGGAGAAGCCACCACCGCGGCGCCAUGGCCACCGUCGCCGCCUGCUCUUCCACCGUCUUCGCCUCCUCCUUCUCCUCCAUACCCUACCGAACACGGAAGCCUCUUCCAUCUCUCCGCCCGUCGCCGCCGCGCCGCGCCAGCCUUCCCGUCCGCCCGGUGUUGAGGUGCCUCCGGAAAUCCGACUCGGGCGAUCCGCCGCUGCUCGGAGCUCCUGAACCGAAGCGGGCUGCGCCGGCCGGUGAGGAACGGGGUGGAACGGCGCCGUUCGAUGCGUCGUGGGGGUACGCGUUCGCGGCGGCGGCGGGGGUGCUCAUGCUCCAGGGGUCGCAGCAGGCGCUGGCCGGCACGCAGUUCAUGGGCCUGCAGCCGCCGGCGGACGCGCUGGGUGAUCUCGGGGACAUCAGUACAGGUUUUGCUUCAGCCUUUCUGCUCAUCUUCUUUUCUGAGCUAGGAGACAGGACAUUUUUCAUUGCGGCACUUUUAGCAGCUAGAAAUUCUGGAGGAGUCAUUUUUCUUGGCACAUUCGGAGCUCUUGCAGUAAUGACAGUUAUAUCUGUAGUUCUCGGUCGAGCAUUUCAUUAUGUUGAUGGCGUCAUUCCAUUCAGUUUUGGCGGUACAGAUUUUCCAAUUGACGACAUUCUUGCCGUGUGUCUCUUGGUUUAUUAUGGAGUUACUACAUUACUUGAUGCUGCUUCGGGUGAUGGAGAAAAGAUGAAUGAGGAGCAAGAGGAGGCUGAGCUAGCAGUUUCGAAAUUUUCUGGAAAUGGUGCAGGAAUAGUGUCUGUCGCCAGUACUCUUGCAAGCACAUUUGUUUUGGUUUUUGUUGCUGAAUGGGGUGAUAAAUCAUUUUUCUCAACUAUUGCACUUGCUGCAGCUUCAUCCCCUCCAGGUGUCAUUGCAGGGUCGCUCGCUGGCCAUGGUGUUGCAACAUUGAUUGCAGUUCUUGGUGGCUCUUUACUGGGGACAUUCCUGUCAGAAAAGAUAAUAGCAUACAUUGGAGGGAGCCUCUUCCUAGCAUUUGCUGCCGUGACAAUAGUUGAAAUCGUGACUUGAGGGUGGUUUCAAGGUUCUGCAACGUACCACAUGAUAGUUAAGCACCAGAUACAUCAUUCUGACAAGGGAGUUCACCGUUCAUAACACAUCAUAGCAUACAUGGGAUGAUUUUGCUGCUGCUGACAAGAAUUUCUGCCUCCUCUGCGACACCACUUCAUCGGCGUGAUUUGAUAUUCAGACUGAGAACAGGUAGUAAAUUCAAGUGCCCUGGAGCUUUCUUCUUUACCCCGCAACCAAAGAAUUGUUAAGAGGAAAACACACUGAUUUGCACAACAGUCACAACGCCGAGCAGACAGUCUAAGGCACUGUAUUGAACAGUUUCAGUCAAGUACAGUCCUGUAUUACAUCAUUUCGUCGUCGCCGCCUCUCUGCUGUUGUAUAAUUUGGGUUGGUGAUUAAGCAAUGUAUACGUGUUGCAAGAUCCAGCUGAUGCACCUGAUUUAUGAUUUCUUUCUAGUGUGCUA